UCAAGCAUUACUGGAGCUCUAACUGUAGAAUUCUCUCUCCUCCCAACAUGGAGUGGAGGACAUCUGCAGUUUGUAUACUACUGCUUGCUCUUAUAUGUGACAUCCAGGUUAAUGCAAAGAGGGCUAGUAACCAUGUAAGCAACAUCUGCAGCAUGUGGGGCAACUUUCACUUCAGCACGUUUGAUGGGGACUCUUACCAGUUCCAAGGCAUGUGCGAGUAUAACCUGGUGUCUGACUGCCAAAUUCACCAGUUCUCAGUUCACGUGAAGAGAAAAGAACAGACCAGCGACCCAAAUAUCAGCAGAGUGGUGGUUACCAUCAAUGACAUUUCUGUCGAAAUGACUGCAAACCAGGUCAUGAUCAACGAACAAAUUGUAACAUUACCCAUCCAUGUAUCUGGGAUCCUUGUGGAAGAGAAUGCAAUUUACACCAAACUCUAUUCCAAACAGGGCAUCAGUGUCAUAUGGAACAGAGAGGAUGCAAUCAUGGUGGAGCUAGAUGCCAAAUAUUCAAAUCGUACUUGUGGACUGUGUGGUGAUUUCAAUAGUAUUCCAGUUUAUAAUGAGUUUAUUCAAUCAGAAAGAAAAGUUGGUCAUAUUGAAUUUGGGAAUAUGCACAGAGUUCCCAAUCCAAAGCAUGUUUGUGAAAACCCUUUUGAAAAAAAUGAUGAGAAAAAUGUGCUGGACCAAUGCAAAAAACAUCGGGAAUCUUGUGCAGAACAUUUGAAGAAUGAAGACUGGUCUUCUUGUAAUAAGGUUUUGAGUCCUGAGCUGUAUGUCAAGGCCUGUAUGAAUGAUUUGUGCUUUCGUGAAACUGGAGACAAUAAGUCACUCUGUGCGACUUUUUCUGAAUACUCACGCCAGUGCUCUCAUGCGGGAGGGACUCCGCCCACUUGGAGAACAGAAAAAUUCUGCGCUGUGAAAUGCCCUUUCAGUAUGGUACAUUCUGAAAGUGGCUCCCCCUGUAUGGACACAUGCUCAAGCAAAGUAUCUAACACACUGUGUGAGGAACACAACAUCGACGGCUGCUUCUGCCCACAAGGAACUGUGUUCGAUGACAUCUCAAACAAGGGCUGCAUCCCAGCAGAACAGUGCCUGUGCAAACAUGACAAAAACUACAAAUCAGGAGACGUCCUCCUUAAGGAUGACAUGGAAUGCGUAUGUGAGGAGGGAGACUGGAAUUGUACGAUUCUACCCAGCCCUGGCCUGUGUGCUGUAGAGGAAGGAUCUCACUUCACCACCUACGACGGGAAAGAAUACACUUUCCAUGGAGACUGCAACUAUGUUCUCUCCAAAGACUGUGAAGACUCAAAGUUUAUCAUAUUAGGUCAGAUUGUUCCUUGUUUUACUCAUGAAACUGACACCUGCUUGAAAUCUAUAGUGGUGAUGCUUGACAACGAUAAGAAAAAUCCUCUGCUCAUCAAACAUGAUGGCACGGUACAACACAAUGCUGAAAUGCAACUUCCUUACAGCACAGCUGACUUCAAGGUGUUCAUGCCCUCAUCAUUUCACAUCAUGCUCCAGACCACAUUGGGGCUGCAGGUGCAGGUACAGCUGGUGCCCAUUAUGCAAGUGUACAUCACUAUGGAUCAAAGCUUCCAGGGCAAGACUUGUGGUCUUUGUGGAAAUUUUAACAAAGUGCUGUCUGAUGACCUGAAGACCCCUCAGGGUCUGGUGGAGGGUAUAGCGGUUUCCUUUGCAAAUGCCUGGAAGGCCCAAUCUAACUGCCCUGACCGUACUGAGAGAAUGGACGAUCCCUGUUCCUACAGCAUUGACAGCGAGAACUUUGCUGAGCAUUGGUGUUCCAAGAUGAAGGACAAGAAGAGCCCCUUUGCCAAAUGUCAUGCCACUGUCAGUCCGGAAAGCUACUACAAAAGAUGCAAAUACUCUAGCUGUAGCUGUGAGAAGAGUGAAGACUGUAUGUGUGCCGUAUUUUCCUCAUACGCCCGGGACUGUGCGGCUAAAGCAAUAUUUCUCCAAGGCUGGCGGCAAGCAGUGUGCGAGAAGUACUCAGAGAACUGCCCAGCAACACAGAACUACUACUAUCAGCUGCAGAGCUGCCAGCGUACCUGUCUUUCUCUCAGCUCUGAGCGUAAAGGCUGCAACGUUGACUUUGUACCUGUGGAUGGAUGUGCAUGUCCAGAUGGACUCUACCAGGAUGAGGAAGGACAGUGUGUACCUAUGAAAAAAUGUCCUUGUUUUCACAAUGGGCAGAAAAUCCAUCCCGGCAGGUCUAUUAGCCAUAAGGAUGAACACUGUGUUUGCAUAAAUGGAAAGUUGAACUGUCGGUCAUCGAAAGCUCAUCAUCUGGGAUGUUCCCAUCCAAAGGUUUUCUUCAACUGCAGUACAGCAGGCCCAGAUGAACAUGGACUGGAGUGUGCAGGCACUUGUCUGCAACAGGAAGUUGAUUGUUUCUCGCUGGACUGUGAAUCUGGGUGCCAGUGUCCUACUGGUCUACUGGAUGAUGGCAAAGGUCACUGUGUUAAAUCGCAUGAAUGCCCGUGUCCACACAAUGGACAGUUUUAUGCAGUAGGGAGUGAAAUAACCAUGGAUUGCAAUAAAUGCACUUGCCAAAAGGGAACAUGGUCAUGUACAGAGAAUAAGUGUCCAGGCAUCUGCACUUUAUAUGGUAGUGGACAUUAUCAAACUUUUGAUCAGCGAAGAUUCAGCUUCAGGGGAGACUGCAGUUAUUUAGCCAUUCAGGACAAGUGUGGAAAUAAAACAGGCAAUUUUCACGUGUUCACUGAGAAUGUGCCUUGUGGAACAACAGGAACCACAUGUUCAAAGGCUGUUGGGAUACUUUUGGGGAGAACUAGGCUGAAGCUUUCUGAAGGCACUGUAACAGCAUCUGAUACUGGAAGUGGUCCACAGAUCAAGUACAAACAAAGAAAAGUUGGUAUGUACCUUGUCAUUGAUGCUGACAUAGGACUGACUGUUUUGUGGGACCGCAAAACCACUGUCCACAUCAUUCUGCAGCCUCAGUACAUGGGAGAGGUUUGUGGCCUUUGUGGAGAUUUCAAUGGAAAUGGAAAAGAUGACUUUACUACUCAAGGCAAGUUGCAAACCACAAAUAAAAUGGAGUUCGUGGACAGCUGGAAAUUGUUCAGCACUUGCCCUGAUGCAGAACCAGACUUUGACCCAUGCCUUGAGACCCCAAAUCGAGUUACAUGGGCGAAAAUACAAUGUAGCAUCAUAAAGGGAGAUACUUUCAAAGACUGCCACAACAGGGUGGAUCCAAACCCAUUCUACGAGAACUGUGUGAAGGACACAUGUGCAUGUGACUCAGGUGGAGAUUGUGAGUGCUUCUGCACAGCUGUGGCAGCUUAUGCUCAAGCAUGCAAUGAGGGAGGGGUAUGUGUGGACUGGAGAACACCUAUGACCUGUCCUGUGUACUGUGACUACUACAAUGGUCCAGGUGAAUGCACAUGGCAUUAUAAACCUUGUCAUACACCUUGCUACAAAACCUGUCUCAACCCUGAGGGUAUCUGCUAUAACACUUUACCUUACCUGGAGGGAUGCUAUCCACAAUGUCCAAAGGACAAGCCUAUUUUUGAUGAGAGAAAUCAUAUCUGUGUGGAGGCAUGUAAUCUUACAUGCAAUGUUGGUGGAGUCCAGUACAGUCCUGGAGAGGAGAUACCAGCUGACAAGCCCUGUCAUAAAUGCAUCUGUGAUGAAAAUGUCAAACAACACUGUUCUCAAAGACCCGGGUGCUGUUUCUACAAUGGAACAGAAUAUGGUCAAAAUUACAUCAUUUACAAUUUUACAGAUGACAUGGGAAUGUGUUACUAUGCAAUCUGCAUAAACAACACUGUAAUAAAAACUCAGCAACCCUGCUUAACCUCAACUCCACAGACACCAUCCAAUUAUACAGUAUCAACUCAAUACACAACUACAGUUAAAACUACAACAAAAACCCCAGUCAUUACCACAACAAAAUUUGAAACAACAACAGCUUUAACAGAAUUUACUAUGUCGCCAACAACUAAAUUUACUGAAUCAACAACAGUGGUAGAAUCUACUACACAAACACCCAAACCACCCAUCAGUUCCACAUCUUUAACUACACUAAUUAGUGGUAGUCCAACAACUUCAUCAGCGGUUUCUGAGACUACGUCACCAUGUGUUAUAUGUCACUGGUCUGAAUGGUUUAAUGUGUAUAAUCCUGCUACAGGAGGAGGGAAUGACAUUGAGACAUAUGAACAGAUAACAAGAAAUGGGAAAGAGAUCUGUAAACAUCCAGAAGAUAUUGACUGUAGGGCUGUGGGCAACCCUGACAUGAGCUUUGAAGAUUUUAUCAAUAAAACAAAACAAGUUGCCCACUGCAAUAUUUCAUAUGGCUUGGUAUGUGAGAAUAGAAAACAGGUUAACCGUCCCUAUAAAUGUUUUGACUAUAAAAUACGGGUUCUCUGCUGUUUUCCUUGUUCUACACCAUCAGGAAGUACUUCAACUAAAUUUACUGAAUCAACAACAGUGGUAGAAGCCACCACCUCAGCACAAACACCCACCAGUACCACGCCUUCAACUACAACAACUAAAAUUACUGCAACAACUGGAAAACCUCCUUUUACAUCUACACAAACUGGCAGUACUCCAACAAUUCCAACAACUAAAUUUACUGAAUCAACAACAGUGACAGAAUCUACAAAAUCAACACGAACACCCAAACCACCUACCAGUUCCACACCUUCAACUACAGCAACUAAAAUUACAGCAACAACAUUAACAACAGGAAAACCUCCUAUUUCAACUACACCAACUGGAAGUACUCCAACAAUUCCAACAACUAAAAUAUCUAAAUCAACAACAGCAGUAGAAUCUACAAAAUCAGCACAAACACCCGAACCACCCACCAGUUCUGCAUCUUCACCUACCCCAACAGCAAUCAAUACAACUACUGGAAGGACUACAAAUGUUCCAAUAAGUAUUUUUACUGAAAGUGAAACAACAAAAUCUUAUAAAACAGAUAGCCAAAUUGUAGUAACAACUACCUGGAAACCUGGCACUACAACACAUUUUGAGGUGACUGAAUCAACAACAGUGGUAGAAUCUACCACCUCAGCACAAACACCCAAACCACCCACUGGUUCCACGCCUUCACCUACAGCAACUAAAAUUACAACAACAUUAACAACAGGAAAACCUCCUAUUUCAACUACACCAACUGGAAGUACUCCAACUAAAUUUACUGAAUCAACAACAGUGGUAGAAUCCACCACCUCAGCACAAACACCCAAACCACCCAUCAGUUCCACACCUUCACCUACACCAACUAAAAUUACAACAACAACAUUAACAACAGGAAAACCUCCUAUUUCAACUACACCAACUGGAAGUACUCCAACAAUUCCAACAACUAAAAUAACUAAAUCAACAACAGCGGUAGAAUCCACCACAUCAGCACAAACACCCAAACCACCCACCAGUUCCACACCUUCACCUACACCGACAGCAAUUACUACAACAACAGGAAAACCUCCUAUUUCACCUACACAAACUGGAAGUACUCCAACUAAAUUUAUUGAAUCAACAACAGUGGUAGAAUCCACCACCUCAGCACAAACUCCCAAACCACCCAUCAGUUCCACACCUUCACCUACACCAACUAAAUUUACAACAACAACAUUAACAACAGGAAAACCUCCUAUUUCAACUACACCAACUGGAAGUACUCCAACAAUUCCAACAACUAAAAUAACUAAAUCAACAACAGCUGUAGAAUCUACCACAUCAGCACAAACACCCAAACCACCCACCAGUUCCACACCUUCACCUACACCAACAGCAAUUACUACAACAACAGGAAAACCUCCUAUUUCACCUACACAAACUGGAAGUACUCCAACUAAAUUUAUUGAAUCAACAACAGUGGUAGAAUCCACCACCUCAGCACAAACUCCCAAACCACCCAUCAGUUCCACACCUUCACCUACACCAACUAAAUUUACAACAACAACAUUAACAACAGGAAAACCUCCUAUUUCAUCUACACCAACUGGAAGUACUCCAACAAUUCCAACAACUAAAAUAACUAAAUCAACAACAGCGGUAGAAUCCACCACAUCAGCACAAACACCCAAACCACCCACCAGUUCCACACCUUCACCUACACCAACAACAAUUACUACAACAACAGGAAAACCUCCUAUUUCACCUACACAAACUGGAAGUACUCCAACUAAAUUUAUUGAAUCAACAACAGUGGUAGAAUCCACCACCUCAGCACAAACUCCCAAACCACCCAUCAGUUCCACACCUUCACCUACACCAACUAAAAUUACAACAACAACAUUAACAACAGGAAAACCUCCUAUUUCAACUACACCAACUGGAAGUACUCCAACAAUUCCAACAACUAAAAUAACUAAAUCAACAACAGCGGUAGAAUCUACCACAUCAGCACAAACACCCAAACCACCCACCAGUUCCACACCUUCACCUACACCAACAGCAAUUACUACAACAACAGGAAAACCUCCUAUUUCACCUACACAAACUGGAAGUACUCCAACUAAAUUUAUUGAAUCAACAACAGUGGUAGAAUCCACCACCUCAGCACAAACUCCCAAACCACCCAUCAGUUCCACACCUUCACCUACACCAACUAAAUUUACAACAACAACAUUAACAACAGGAAAACCUCCUAUUUCAACUACACCAACUGGAAGUACUCCAACAAUUCCAACAACUAAAAUAACUAAAUCAACAACAGCUGUAGAAUCUACCACAUCAGCACAAACACCCAAACCACCCACCAGUUCCACACCUUCACCUACACCAACAGCAAUUACUACAACAACAGGAAAACCUCCUAUUUCACCUACACAAACUGGAAGUACUCCAACUAAAUUUAUUGAAUCAACAACAGUGGUAGAAUCCACCACCUCAGCACAAACUCCCAAACCACCCAUCAGUUCCACACCUUCACCUACACCAACUAAAAUUACAACAACAACAUUAACAACAGGAAAACCUCCUAUUUCAACUACACCAACUGGAAGUACUCCAACAAUUCCAACAACUAAAAUAACUAAAUCAACAACAGCGGUAGAAUCUACCACAUCAGCACAAACACCCAAACCACCCACCAGUUCCACACCUUCACCUACACCAACAGCAAUUACUACAACAACAGGAAAACCUCCUAUUUCACCUACACAAACUGGAAGUACUCCAACUAAAUUUAUUGAAUCAACAACAGUGGUAGAAUCCACCACCUCAGCACAAACUCCCAAACCACCCAUCAGUUCCACACCUUCACCUACACCAACUAAAUUUACAACAACAACAUUAACAACAGGAAAACCUCCUAUUUCAUCUACACCAACUGGAAGUACUCCAACAAUUCCAACAACUAAAAUAACUAAAUCAACAACAGCGGUAGAAUCUACCACAUCAGCACAAACACCCAAACCACCCACCAGUUCCACACCUUCACCUACACCAACAGCAAUUACUACAACAACAGGAAAACCUCCUAUUUCACCUACACAAACUGGAAGUACUCCAACUAAAUUUAUUGAAUCAACAACAGUGGUAGAAUCCACCACCUCAGCACAAACUCCCAAACCACCCAUCAGUUCCACACCUUCACCUACACCAACUAAAUUUACAACAACAACAUUAACAACAGGAAAACCUCCUAUUUCAACUACACCAACUGGAAGUACUCCAACAAUUCCAACAACUAAAAUAACUAAAUCAACAACAGCGGUAGAAUCUACCACAUCAGCACAAACACCCAAACCACCCACCAGUUCCACACCUUCACCUACACCAACAGCAAUUACUACAACAACAGGAAAACCUCCUAUUUCACCUACACAAACUGGAAGUACUCCAACUAAAUUUAUUGAAUCAACAACAGUGGUAGAAUCCACCACCUCAGCACAAACUCCCAAACCACCCAUCAGUUCCACACCUUCACCUACACCAACUAAAUUUACAACAACAACAUUAACAACAGGAAAACCUCCUAUUUCAACUACACCAACUGGAAGUACUCCAACAAUUCCAACAACUAAAAUAACUAAAUCAACAACAGCUGUAGAAUCUACCACAUCAGCACAAACACCCAAACCACCCACCAGUUCCACACCUUCACCUACACCAACAGCAAUUACUACAACAACAGGAAAACCUCCUAUUUCACCUACACAAACUGGAAGUACUCCAACUAAAUUUAUUGAAUCAACAACAGUGGUAGAAUCCACCACCUCAGCACAAACUCCCAAACCACCCAUCAGUUCCACACCUUCACCUACACCAACUAAAUUUACAACAACAACAUUAACAACAGGAAAACCUCCUAUUUCAUCUACACCAACUGGAAGUACUCCAACAAUUCCAACAACUAAAAUAACUAAAUCAACAACAGCUGUAGAAUCUACCACAUCAGCACAAACACCCAAACCACCCACCAGUUCCACACCUUCACCUACACCAACAGCAAUUACUACAACAACAGGAAAACCUCCUAUUUCACCUACACAAACUGGAAGUACUCCAACUAAAUUUAUUGAAUCAACAACAGUGGUAGAAUCCACCACCUCAGCACAAACUCCCAAACCACCCAUCAGUUCCACACCUUCACCUACACCAACUAAAUUUACAACAACAACAUUAACAACAGGAAAACCUCCUAUUUCAUCUACACCAACUGGAAGUACUCCAACAAUUCCAACAACUAAAAUAACUAAAUCAACAACAGCUGUAGAAUCUACCACAUCAGCACAAACACCCAAACCACCCACCAGUUCCACACCUUCACCUACACCAACAGCAAUUACUACAACAACAGGAAAACCUCCUAUUUCACCUACACAAACUGGAAGUACUCCAACUAAAUUUAUUGAAUCAACAACAGUGGUAGAAUCCACCACCUCAGCACAAACUCCCAAACCACCCAUCAGUUCCACACCUUCACCUACACCAACUAAAAUUACAACAACAGCAUUAACAACAGAAAAACCUCCUAUUUCAACUACACCAACUGGAAGUACUCCAACAAUUCCAACAACUAAAAUAACUAAAUCAACAACAGCGGUAGAAUCUACCACAUCAGCACAAACACCCAAACCACCCACCAGUUCCACACCUUCACCUACACCAACAGCAAUUACUACAACAACAGGAAAACCUCCUAUUUCACCUACACAAACUGGAAGUACUCCAACUAAAUUUAUUGAAUCAACAACAGUGGUAGAAUCCACCACCUCAGCACAAACUCCCAAACCACCCAUCAGUUCCACACCUUCACCUACACCAACUAAAAUUACAACAACAACAUUAACAACAGAAAAACCUCCUAUUUCAACUACACCAACUGGAAGUACUCCAACAAUUCCAACAACUAAAAUAACUAAAUCAACAACAGCGGUAGAAUCUACCACAUCAGCACAAACACCCAAACCACCCACCAGUUCCACACCUUCACCUACACCAACAGCAAUUACUACAACAACAGGAAAACCUCCUAUUUCACCUACACAAACUGGAAGUACUCCAACUAAAUUUAUUGAAUCAACAACAGUGGUAGAAUCCACCACCUCAGCACAAACUCCCAAACCACCCAUCAGUUCCACAUCUUCACCUACACCAACUAAAUUUACAACAACAACAUUAACAACAGGAAAACCUCCUAUUUCAUCUACACCAACUGGAAGUACUCCAACAAUUCCAACAACUAAAAUAACUAAAUCAACAACAGCGGUAGAAUCUACAAAAUCAGCACAAACAGCCGAAUCACCCACCAGUUCCGCACCUUCACCAACACCAACAGCAAUCAAUACAACAACUGGAAGGGCUACAAAUGUUCCAAUAAGUAUUUUUACUGAAAGUGAAACAACAAAAUCUUAUAAAACAGAUAGCCAAAUUGUAGUAACAACUACCUGGAAACCUGGCACUACAACACAUUUUGAGGUGACUGAAUCAACAACAGUGGUAGAAUCUACCACCUCAGCACAAACAACCAAAACACCCACUGGUUCCAUGCCUUCACCUACAACAACUAAAAUUACUGCAACAACUGGAAAACCUCCUAUUUCAUCUACACCAACUGGAAGUACUCCAACUAAAUUUAUUGAAUCAACAACAGUGGUAGAAUCCACCACCUCAGCACAAACUCCCAAACCACCCAUCAGUUCCACACCUUCACCUACACCAACUAAAUUUACAACAACAACAUUAACAACAGGAAAACCUCCUAUUUCAUCUACACCAACUGGAAGUACUCCAACAAUUCCAACAACUAAAAUAACUAAAUCAACAACAGCUGUAGAAUCUACCACAUCAGCACAAACACCCAAACCACCCACCAGUUCCACACCUUCACCUACACCAACAGCAAUUACUACAACAACAGGAAAACCUCCUAUUUCACCUACACAAACUGGAAGUACUCCAACUAAAUUUAUUGAAUCAACAACAGUGGUAGAAUCCACCACCUCAGCACAAACUCCCAAACCACCCAUCAGUUCCACACCUUCACCUACACCAACUAAAUUUACAACAACAACAUUAACAACAGGAAAACCUCCUAUUUCAUCUACACCAACUGGAAGUACUCCAACAAUUCCAACAACUAAAAUAACUAAAUCAACAACAGCUGUAGAAUCUACCACAUCAGCACAAACACCCAAACCACCCACCAGUUCCACACCUUCACCUACACCAACAGCAAUUACUACAACAACAGGAAAACCUCCUAUUUCACCUACACAAACUGGAAGUACUCCAACUAAAUUUAUUGAAUCAACAACAGUGGUAGAAUCCACCACCUCAGCACAAACUCCCAAACCACCCAUCAGUUCCACACCUUCACCUACACCAACUAAAUUUACAACAACAACAUUAACAACAGGAAAACCUCCUAUUUCAUCUACACCAACUGGAAGUACUCCAACAAUUCCAACAACUAAAAUAACUAAAUCAACAACAGCUGUAGAAUCUACCACAUCAGCACAAACACCCAAACCACCCACCAGUUCCACACCUUCACCUACACCAACAGCAAUUACUACAACAACAGGAAAACCUCCUAUUUCACCUACACAAACUGGAAGUACUCCAACUAAAUUUACUGAAUCAACAACAAUGGUAGAAUCCACCACCUCAGCACAAACACCCAAACCACCCAUCAGUUCCACACCUUCACCUACACCAACUAAAAUUACUACAACAACAUUAACAACAGGAAAACCUCCUAUUUCAACUACAACAACUGGAAGUACUCCAACAAUUCUAACAACUAAAAUAACUAAAUCAACAACAGCUGUAGAAUCUACCACAUCAGCACAAACACCCAAACUACCCACAAGUUCCACACCUUCCCCUACACCAACAGCAAUUACUACAACAACAGGAAAACCUCCUAUUUCAUCUACACCAACUGGAAGUACUCCAACUAAAUUUACUGAAUCAACAACAGCGGUAGAAUCUACCACAUCAGCAAGGACAACUAAACCACCCACUAGUUCAACAAUUUCACCUACACAGACUAAAAUGACAACAACAACAACAAGAAAACCACAUAUUUCAUCUACACUAACUGGAAGAACUCCAACAACUUUAACUACUGAGUACCCAACAAUAACUGGCAAGACAACCUCUUCCACAUCAACAUCGGAAUUUACCUCUACACCUAUGCAUUCAACAAAUACACCUUGUUUUUGUGUUUUUAAUGGAAUGCAGUAUAAGCCUGGAGAGAAAAUAUUUGAUAAGGUUCACAUUGGCUCUGGGAUCUGUCUGACCAUGAUCUGCUCAGAAAUCUGUGCAAUUCAGAACAGCACAGAGCUAUGUCCACCAUCAACAACUCCUACACCUACACUUACACCUACUCCACCCUACAACUGCCCGCAAUGGGGAAAAAAUACAAACGAGAUGUUCUUCUUGUGUAACUGUACCAUGGCGAAGUGCAUAAAGGACAAUAUCAUUGAGAUUAUCCCAUAUGAAUGUCCUCCACUGCAGAACAUCACAUGUGCUAAUGGAAAGAACCCUGUGCUGGUUUAUGAUAAGCAUUCAUGCUGCCAGUAUUAUGCCUGUGACUGUUUUUGUGAAGGCUGGGGUGAUCCACAUUACAUCACAUUUGAUGGACUCUUCUACAGUUACCAAGGAAACUGCACUUAUAUAUUAAUGGAGGAAAUCAAACCUCAAUUCCACUUGAAGAUCUACAUCGAUAAUGUCUACUGUGACCCUAUUGAGCUUGUAUCUUGUCCCAGAUCCAUUAUUGUGUCUUAUAACAAUGAAGUCAUUACACUUAAAAAUCACAAUUUCAUAGGAGGUGCAGUCCUAGAGGCUUUGAAGAACAAUGUUAAGCUAAGGCUGCCUUUUGCCAUUAAUGGUAUGAGGGUUAUAAGUUCAGACCUAGACUUGAUCCUGGAGAUUCCACAGCUGAAUGUUACUGUAACAUUUGGAGCCACUGGAUUCAGCAUCAAUCUGCCAUUCCAGCAUUUUGGAAACAACACACAAGGGCAGUGUGGAACAUGCAACAACAACAAGGCUGAUGACUGUAUGCUUCCUGGAGGGAUCUUGGUGGACGACUGUGUGACCAUGGCUGAUUACUGGUUGGCCAAGGGUGUGAACAGUGAAAUUUGCACUCCACAAACUGUUGGGCCUGUCCUCAAACAAAAGUCAUGUCAAGCCCACCCUGACUGCAAGCUCCUCGAGAGCGAGUUGUUCCAAGAGUGUCAUCCCCAUAAGUCCCCAGAACAUUUCUUUUUAGGCUGUCAAUAUGAUAGCUGUCAUAUGAGAAACCCUACUGUAGUGUGUACCAGCCUGCAGAGCUAUGCAAGGGCUUGCUCUCAGUUUGGCAUCUGCAUACACUGGAGAAACUACACUAAACUCUGCAAUAUUGAAUGUCCAGAUGAAAAAGUCUUCAAUCCUUGUGGUCCAGCUGAACCACCAACCUGCAACAAUGAUCCUGCAGGUAUGACCAACAUAGUGUCCACCGAGGGCUGCUUUUGCCCUGAAGGGACAAUUCUCUUCAGCAAGCAGUCUGGAGUGUGUGUGGACAAAUGCGGAUGCCUGGACUCCUCAGGGACACCACGUGAGUUCGAUGAGGUUUUCGAGUACAACUGUGAGAAGUGUGUCUGUGAAAGGGCCAGAAAAUCUGUGAUCUGUAAGCAAAAGCAGUGUCCUGAUCCUAACCCUCAGAGCUGUACUGAGCCUGGCUUCAUGCUAAUCAACACCACCAAUCCCUCAGACCCAUGCUGCAACAAACAAGUUUGCAAUUGUGAUAUCAAUAUGUGCCCACCUAUGGAUAAAAAGUGUAACAUUGGAUAUUCUCCAGAGAUGAAGUUGUCGGAGGGAAAAUGCUGUCCAGAAAUCGAAUGCGUGCCAAAAAGAGUGUGUGUCCACAAAAAACAAGAAUAUGAGCUUGGUACCAUCAUCCCUGAUGUUGACUGUCAAGAGUGUACCUGUACAUGGGACAUGGAUCCUAUCACACAGUUGUUCAAGACCCGCUGUCGACUUGUGCAGUGCAACAAGAAUUGUGAUCCUGGUUAUGAAUAUAUUAAGUCAAACAAUAAUGAUUGCUGUGGGAAGUGUGUUCAAUUUCAAUGUAUCGUCAAUGUCAAUGGAACCACUCAUAUACUGCAGGAGGGAGCGGUUUUGCCCACCACAAACCAGGGCUGUGACAGAAUCACCUGCACUAAAAGUAAAGGACAAUUCAUCACCAAUAACUACAGAAUCCAGUGCCCUCCUUUCAACAUUUCCAACUGCCAACCUGGCACGAUCCAGAUGUCAGCUGAUGGCUGCUGCCCUGUUUGUGUGGACAAGAAUAGAGGAUGUCAAGUAAAGACUGUUCGUAAAACCAUACUUAACAACAACUGCGAGUCAGAGAGGAAAAUAGACUUGACUUUUUGUGGGGGAGAAUGUACCAGUCAUAGCAGGUACUCUGAGCCUGGAACGCCCACUUGUGGCUGUUGCAGGGCAACUCGCACAAGUAAUCGCACAGUAUCUCUUGGUUGUAUAAAUGGAGACAUAGUAACCCACACAUACAUCCAUGUUGAGCAGUGUGCCUGUAGCGAAACUAACUGUCAAGGUAGUGGGGUGAGCAAGCACAUACUUGUAGAAAAUGCCUGGAGGAAACGCAGCCUCAGACUGCCGUGAGCACCAGUGAUUCCAGAGGUCAACAACCCUAACAUUCUGAAAAAUCUCGAGUAUCUGUUUAACUUGAAAUGAAUUUGAAUAGUAUAUGUUUUACAUUUCUAAACUUUAAACUAAGAGCUUUUAAUUUUUCUUAAAUUGAUUCUUUGAUAAAUACAGUAUGUAUCCUUCUGCUUGUUUAAAAUUAAAAACAAUUAAAAAGGCAACCUGAAAUUCAAA